UGCAUAGUGAAUGGAUUCGAAGGUCGAUCUCAUCAUAAGACGGCUUCUGAUUCCAGUUUUAUUGCAGCCGUUGAGCUUUACUUCGACGUUCAGCUUGACGCAUUCUACGAGACGUCCUCCCUUGAUGAUGGACAUCAUCAGGGCAGUCGAAUCGGUCGUCAGCCCAACUCUGUGAAGCACCGUUGCGCAAUCGAGAUCGAGAAGCUUCGCUCCAUUGGUCCACUUCCCGGCCCAACUGUUACUAGCGCCUCCUACACGUCCACGUCGAAUGGUCGGCUCUUUCAUGCUCCGGCCAGCGGCGUCUCCAAGGCUUGUCCAAGCACUGCGGCUGUCGCCUCAACACCGUCUCCGGCGGACUCUUCUUUCUUCGCCUCCGGUUCACCGUUGGCCGGCUCACCGUUGCUACGGGCUUCGAGUACAGGUCCAAGCUGCAAAUUCCCCGUGUCCCCUCCGCCGACAAUGGGUCUGCCACGUCCACUCGUCGGCAAUCUGGACCGUCUUCAAGUUACCCCAACGACAGUCGUCAUGAUCACCGCCUCUGAGUCUGCCCUGUCCAAUAUGACGACUACAGCGUCGGCCUCGGUCAACCAGGCAAGUCGUCUCGACGCUUCACCGGACCAUCGAGAGCCCGACGAUGCUGAGGCUUGUGUGCCGGUGCGUCGAAACGCCGCUUCACAGGUUGCCAUGACACCGGAGACGGCAACGACUCGCGUUGCACUCGACGAUUCGACGCCAUGUCAGGCGAGUGGAGCCAUUCGAUCGGUAGACAUGGAGAUUGAUCCGGAACAUGAACGGGCCAAAAUGAAGCCUGUAAAGUACAGCUUUGACCAACAGGAGGAUGGAGACGAGAGGGCGGUGGCAGCGAAACUUGUCCGCCGGACGCCUCCGUCGUCCGGCCCCAGUUGGACAGUUGAGGAGGGGCGGCUGUUGGCAGAGACCGGCUGUACCGGCGACGGCGAGCCCGAGGAUGGUACAACGAAAGGGUCCGUCGUGCAAUCGGUCCUAUUGGACGCCGUGGCGAUCAGCCUCGGAGUCGACCUGCCGGAUUCUGCGAUUGCCACGCCGACGCGAAGCAGACGAUCGGGUUCAGGCAAGCCGUGGUUGGCACCGCGGAUGGGUGGUCUGGUUGCGGCGCCGUCGCCGCUCGUCGCUGGCGCAGAGACGAGACCCGCCGAAGAAGAAGAAGAAGACGAAGAUAAUGAUGAUGAUGACGAUGAUGAUGAUGAUGAUAAUGAUGAUGAUGAGGAGGAGGGUGAGGAGAAGGAGGAAGAAGAGGAGGACGAAGAAGACGAGACGGAGGAGGAGGACGAUGAAGAGACGAGACGAGAAGGCGAAAUGGAAGUGAGCCUGGAGACGGAUGGCGAGAUGGAAGUGGAAGUUGAGAUGGAGAUGGAGCCGGAAAAAGGGGAUCAUGUGAAAGCGGCCGACGGCAAGGAGGUGGGCCAGACGACUCAGCUGCUUUUACACAGCCUCCCUGAACAACGUUAUUCACCGUUGCUUCACUCUUUCGCCGCCCAGCCUUCGCCUCAGCGACAGAAAAGGAAGGCAACCCAGCCCAACUACAGUCAAUCGAAUCGACUGGGCCUUGGCGGCGUCACCGGCACGGCGACAACCGGCGCCAUCUCCAAAGCCAUCAUAGUCUCCGUGGUCUCGGGUGUCAAUGGUCGCCAUGACGCAAAGGGAAGAGUCUGUUGCGACCUGGACAAAAGCGCUGUAUGCGCCGAACUGGUGAAGGUGACCGAGCGAAUCGGCGUCUCGGAAGCGUGUGAAUGUAGUCGAAUUGCAGUCGAUGCUGGUGGAUAUGAACGCACCGUGUGUCGUGGGGUUGAUGUCGGUGCUGGUGGUACAGCAGACGGCAUAAUUGGUGGACCAAGCAGUGCUGACGUCGUCGACAGCGCGGCUGAUGCUGAUGUUGAUGCUAAUGUUGAUGUUGAUGUCGCCGGUUAUGAUCGUUUGGCCGGUGCAGUCUAUCAUCCUCUGGGCAGGUUG